AUGACACUGGACCAGUUCAUGUCAAUCAGUGAACAUCAAAACCCACGUCACCGGAGAACGGGCUCCCCUAAUCGCCCCUGGGACAGUGGUAAUAGCCCUGGCACCAUCUAUGAAGAUCACAAGGUGCCGCCCCAGGGUCUCCGCAGGACUCGCUCCAUGUCAUUGAAUGAGCAUGACGAUCACCAUGUUGAUUCUCAUGGUCGCAUGAAACACACGAGGGGGUUCAUCAAGAAUGGAUUCAAGGCCAAUGUCAGAGGCAGCAGUAUCCAAUCACCAUUUACAACUCUUGAGGAAACAUUUAAAAAGUUGCCACAAAAUGUUGGGUUCAACAUUGAGCUUAAAUAUCCUAUGCUGCAGGAGGUUGAGGAACAUGAAAUGGAUAGUUUUGCAAUUGAGAUGAACCAGUGGGUCGACACAAUCCUCAAGGUUGUUUAUGAUAAUGUCAAAGGGCGAGACUUGAUCUUCUCAAGUUUCAAUCCAGAUAUUUGCUUGUUGCUUUCAUUUAAGCAGCCAUCCAUCCCCAUCUUAUUCCUUACAGAUGGUGGUACCCACCCCACGGCAGAUAUCAGAGCUUCUUGUGUCCAAGAAGCCAUUAGAUUCGCCAGCAAUUGGAAUUUGCUAGGGAUUGUGUCUGCAGCCGAGCCGUUGGUUCUUUGUCCACGGUUGAUCAAGGUUGUAAAGGAAUCUGGGUUGGUCUGCAUCACCUACGGGGUCUUGAAUAACGAUCCCGAAAACGUAAAGGUUCAAGUAGACCAGGGCAUUGAUGCUGUCAUUGUCGAUAGUGUCCUCGCCAUUCGCAAGGGCCUUACUGCUGCGGGUGCUCGUACAACCUAUGCCGCCCCGGCAACUACGGCAAAAGUAGAGAAAACAGAGGAUGUUCCGGGAGGAGUAGCUAUUCCUUCGGUCAAUAUUCCCUCUGUUGUUUGA